UUGCCUUUACUUCUUUGCUUUUUCUUUUGUUUUUUCUCUUUAUUUCCCUCUCCGUUCGUUUCAUUUAAUCUUUCCCUUAUUCUCUGGGAAUCCAAUCUUUUGUCUCACAUUCAAACUAGACUUCAAAUUUUGCUUCUUUAUUCUUCAUUCUAGAGAAUAAAGUUGGCCCGCUUCCUGGUUAAAACCCCCUUUUUUCGUUAAAUUGGUCUUGUUUAACAUAGCGAGUUUUAGGGGUUUCUGGGUUGCAGGAUGGGGGGCGAAAGAAUGGCGAAAAGAUCAUCUUUAGGGAGCUUAAUGAGGAAGAGAUUGUCUGAUAUCACCAAUACACAGUCACAGCCAAAGCCUUCAAACCAAGAGGAAAAGCCUCAACAAAUUCCUCCUGCUGCUGAAGACUACAUUAAUCAGUUAAUUAAGGAAAAGAUGACAUUGAUUGAACUCGUUGAGGAGAGAAAUAAGAUUAUUGAGCUAAGUGGAACUGAGUUGCAGAAUCUGAGAACUAGUUUGCAAAAAUUACAGCUACAGAAUUGGAACCUUGCUCAAUCCAAUAGUCAAAUAUUAGCGGAGCUUAAUUUAGGGAGAGAUCGGGUGAAAGCGCUACAACAUGAGCUUGUAUGCAAGGAUGCUUUACUUAAAGCUAAGAACCUGGAAAGAAAGGGGAAAGCGGAUAUCAACGGUCAAAAUACUGACCACGCAGCUGAGGACGAUGACAAGGCUUGUACCCGCAACAGAAGGCGCAAUGCUAGAAGUCAAUCUAUGGGCCCUUUAACCACAAGCAGAAGAAGUGGAGAUAAAGAGAAGGCUGAAAAUAAAAGGCGUUGUUUGAGACGUCGAACUGCUAGGUUUAAAUCCCAAGAGGCAGAGAAUCUAUUUGAGAUUGAUGACCUCGACUAUGUGGGCGCUCAACCUGAUACUCCGAUGCAUGAAUUAGCAGCUUCAUCUCUCAGCAUGGAAGAAGCUUGUAGUAACCCAAGAGCUGAAAACAGAAGUUCGAUCGCUGCAAGGCCAUUACCAUUACGCAAAGCAGUCGAGAAAGUGCAGUCAUACAAGGAAGUUCCACUUAAUAUCAAAAUGCGGAGAAAUGAGUGAACAUCAACAACCAACCGCUUCAUCCAUCUGAUUUAAUACUUGUAACCUAUGUAUCUAUCCCUACAAGCUGUUGUUGAUUCCAAACAUCUAGUUGACUGCAGGAUUGUAAAAGAAACAAAAUGUGGCAUUUUGAAGCAAGUUUUUGUAAUCAAUUUCUCCAAGGAUCCGACAAUCCUUUUUCACUCCA